AUGACGAAUGCGUCUACAUCAUCAAGUAGUGCUGGAGUGAAAAGGAAAGCUUUGUCUAUUUACGAAAAAUUGAACAUUAUUAAACUGUAUGGUGAAAAAAUUGGUGUAUUCAAUAAACAACAAAUUGCCGACCAAUUAGGAUUGCCCACAUAUUCGUUGCGGACCAUAUUGAAGAACAAGAAAGAAAUUGAAAAAACGCGUUUUCAUGAAAUACGAAAGUCAGAAAAUUAUUCACUCGAGGAUAUAUACAGUGCUGAUGAGUUUGGCUUGUUCUUUAAACUCAUGUCAGAUAAAUCACUUGUGCUGAAAGACAAAACAUGUCAUGGUGGUAAGUUAAGCAAGGACUGGUUAACUUUUUUAACUUGCUCAAACAAAUCUGGAACUGACAAGCUAAAACUUUUGGUAAUAGCUCAAAAUCAUGCGUGGAUGACUGGGAGUUUAUUUAUUGAAUGGGUUCAACAGCUCAACUGCAAGUUCGUUAAACAGAAAAGAAAAGUUCUUUUAUUUGUCGACAAUUGCCCUACUCAUCCGAAAGAUAUAACCCUUACAAAUAUCAAACUUGUGUUUUUUCCGCCAAAUGCUACGAGCAAGCUUCAGCCUCUUGAUUAA